AUGUCCGCCUUUGUGCAAUCUGCUCGACUGAUCCGAGCUUCUGCUGCGACCAGAACCCUGCAGAUGGCUCGUGUAAGCCCCCAGCUCAUUCGUCUGUUUGCUUCAAAAUCUUUCCCGUCUCAUGUGGUAAUUGAUAUGCCUGCCUUGUCUCCUACCAUGACCCAGGGUAACGUCGGUGCCUGGAAAAAGGCUGAGGGCGACGAGCUCGCCCCCGGCGACGUCCUGGUCGAGAUCGAGACUGAUAAGGCCACUAUGGACUUUGAAUUCCAAGAGGAGGGCUUUUUGGCUAAGAUUCUUGUCCCCGAAGGUGCUAAGGACGUUCCUGUUGGCCGUGCCAUUGGUGUCUACGUUGAAAACGCUGACGAUGUUGCAGCUUUCAAGGACUUUACUCUGGAGGAUGCUGGUGAUGCUGGGAAGGCUGCCCCUGCUCCUGCUGCUGAAGAAGAAUCUAAAAAGACCGAGUCUGAUCCUGCGCCCAAGACCAAGUCUGAGCCCAAGAAGUCUGAGUCCUCUGCCGAGGAAUCUUCUUCCUCUGACCGUGUUUUAGCUUCUCCUUACGCCAAGACUCUUGCCCUCGACAAGGGAAUCCGUUUGGCCGACGUUAAGGGCACUGGCCCCAACGGCCGUAUCAUCGCUCGCGACGUUGAGAACUUUACGCCCUCGACCAGCGCUUCGAAGACUGCUGCUCCCGCUGCUGCGUCUGCUGCUCCUGCGGCUGGAAACGGUUACACGGAUACUCCAAUCACUUCUAUGCGUAAGACCAUCGCCAACCGCUUGCGCGAGUCUAAGCAAAUCAACCCCGACUACAUUGUCACCAGCACGGUGUCUGUGAGCAAGCUUCUGCAGCUGCGUGAGUCUCUCAAUGCUUCUUCAGACGGUGAGUAUCGUCUCUCUGUAAAUGAUUUGCUUGUCAAGGCUAUUUCCAUCGCUAGCAAGAAGGUCUCUGCCGUGAACUCUGCUUACUUGGAGGCUGAAGGUGUCAUUCGCGAGUACGAUAACGUUGAUGUUUCCGUCGCCGUUGCCACGCCUACUGGACUUAUUACUCCGGUGGUUCCUGGCGUCAACCAACUCGGCCUUGCUGCCAUCUCAUCCAAGACCAAGGAGCUCGCUAAGCGUGCGCGUGAUGGAAAACUCAAGCCCGAGGAGUACCAGGGCGGUACUAUCACCAUCUCGAACAUGGGCAUGAACCCUGCCGUGAGCAUGUUCACUGCUAUCAUCAAUCCGCCUCAGGCGGCUAUUCUUGCUGUUGGCACUGUCGAGCGUCGCGCUAUUGAAGACCCCGAGUCCGAGAAUGGCAUCUCAUUCGAUGACGUUAUGACCGUUACUGCCUCUUUUGAUCACAAGGUUGUUGAUGGUGCUGUUGGUGCCGAAUGGAUGAAGGCUCUCAAGAAGGUUAUUGAGAACCCUCUUCAGCUUAUGUUGUAA